AUGUCCACAAACUCAAGCGAUAUUGACGACGAUUUUGGACAGAUACCCAACGAUUAUAGCGAAGAAUCUGAUGAGGCAACGAGUGAAGGUGUCAACAGCAACCUGGAAUAUGAGUUUCUCACAAAGAGCGACCUAAUUUGUGAGAUGAGAACCGACGUUGCCAAGGUAGCGGCUGUUCUGAAUUUAAGUGAAGCGAUUGCGAAAUCUUUGCUAAAUGAAUUUGAAUGGAACGUUGAGCAGUUAAUUACCAGAUAUUACGAUGCUGUCAGUUUAGAUAUGUUGACCAUUGACGAUCUGAGUUCAGACAUUUCUGAUUCGGGUGAACAACAGCCAGACACCGAAUGUGAGAUAUGCCUCACACCUUUUGCAGACGUAACUGUUGUAGACUUCCAGUGUGGUCAUCGGUUUUGCGAAGAUUGUUGUGGUGAAUAUUUUAAGGCAAAAGUACUGAACGAUGGCGUAGGCGACAACAUUAAAUGUCCACAUACUCACUGCGAAAUGGUGAUCGACGAUGCAACCAUACUCAGAUUGAUUCCUGCCAAUGUUUUACAUGUACUUCACACAUUGAUAACACGCGCUUUCGUUGAAGCUAAUCCGCUGCUUCGGUACUGUCGAUCAGAAGUCUGUGAAUAUACAAUGAAAGCCAACACACUGGAACCAGUCCGAGCUCGAGUGAUCUGCAAAUGCGGCGCCGAAUCUUGCCUUCAGUGUGGCGAGAUAUGGCAUGAUGCAAUCCCAUGUGCAUUGCUCCAGAAAUGGAAACGGAUUUGUGUCGACGACUUCGAAAACGCCGAAUGGCUGUAUGAGAACACGCAAAAAUGUCCAAAGUGUACGUUUAACAUUGAAAAGGACGGAGGGUGUAAUCAUAUGCAAUGCAAAUCGUGUGCUUACCAAUUUUGUUGGAUAUGCAGAAGUGAGUGGCAUCAUCAUAAAACUUGUAAUAAGUUUGUACAGCAUGGUGACGAUAUCACAGCUAGGUUGAUUCACUACAGCACGCGAUACACAAAUCACAUAGAAUCGCUGAAGCUCGAACGUGGAAUUUACGAUUCCGUUGUAAAGAAAAUGCCCUUUUUAACGGUGGAAGAGGUAGCCGAGGCAACAAGCACAGACAUGAUCGUCUUAAAACGAGCCGUUCAGAGCCUCCAACGAUCCAGACAAAUCUUAAUAUCCACCUAUGUCUUUGCCUACUACACGAUGCGCUGCAAUCAACUGACCAUUUUCGAAGAUAAUCAAAGCGAUUUGGAACGGGCAACAGAGAAUUUAUCGUGGCUUUUGGAGCGAGGCAUCAGCAGUGAACGUUGGGUCGAUGUGAAACAGAAGCUGGAAACGCGGUACGAAUAUUGCAAUAAACGGCGAUGUGUUUUGUUGGAGCACAUCAGGGAAGGGUAUCAAAACGACUAUUGGAAACUGAAUGACGAUUAA